ACAGUCUUCACUGAAAUGCGUCAGGAAUGUAAGUGUCAUGGGAUGUCGGGAUCUUGCACGGUCAAGACCUGCUGGAUGCGGCUGCCCACUUUCCGAACUGUGGGGGACUUUCUCAAGGACCGCUUUGAUGGUGCCUCGCGUGUCAUCUAUGGCAACAAAGGUAGCAACCGAGCCUCCCGUGUGGAGGUGCACCACCUGGAGCCUGAAAACCCUGCCCACAAACCUCCUUCCCCCCAUGACUUGGUCUACUUUGAGAAAUCACCCAACUUCUGCACCUACAGUGGCAAGACAGGCACAGCUGGCACAGCCGGCCGCUCCUGCAACAGCUCCUCCCCGGCCCUGGACGGCUGUGAGCUGCUGUGCUGCGGGCGGGGGUACCGGACCCGGACUCAACAGGUCACAGAGCGCUGCAACUGCACGUUCCACUGGUGUUGCCACGUCAGCUGCUUGAACUGCACCAACAUGCAAAUCUUGCAUGAGUGCUUGUGA